CUACAAUCCUGUGAUAAGGACGUCAUCAUGAUCUCCCCUCUCUCACAUCCACAGGCUUUAUCAUUACAACGCAGUUAAAGUGCAGUCUCUGUACAGUUCCUUAGAAUAAUAAUGAUGUGCUCCGUUGUUUCGUUCUAGCUUAUAACAGCAGUGUUUGGUGUUUUAGUGACAGUUGUUCCAGUGGUUUAAGGGGGACACGGCUUCACCUACCAGCUGCAUGCUAACAGUAGCCGUGUCGGAGGGUACAGUCAGUGCGGUACAGUGAGCCUUCCACUGCUGCUAGCUAAACCGUGCAGCUGUUGACAGGCGUCGGCGACUCCACGCCAACUGCGCCGCUUCCUCCGUCCAAACCCGCCGGUCUAAACAUCCAAGAAGACGUGGGGGGAAGAUGAACGAGCUGGUGAAGAGUUUGCCUUCCCCGACUCUCCCCGGGCUGCACCUGCCGUGUCUGGACACCUACAAGGGCUGGCUCUUUAAAUGGACCAACUACCUGAAGGGCUACCAGCGGCGGUGGUUCGUGCUCAGUAACGGCCUGCUGUCCUACUACAGGACUCAGGCGGAGAUGGCACACACAUGCCGAGGUACCAUUCCCUUGGCAACAGCACACAUCGAAGUGGGCGACACCUGCCACUUGGUGUUAACCAGCGGGGGUCGGAGCUACCACCUGAAGGCCACCUCUGAGGGAGAGUGUCAGAGAUGGGUGUCAGCCCUGCAGCAGGCCAAAGCCAAUGCCACGCUCCUGAUUCAUCACUCAGAUGACUCUGGAGAUGAAGCCCCUGUACCUCAGGAGGACCGUGCCCUAACCCAAGGGGUGCUCAAGACUCUGGCCAGCAAGCUGGAUGAUCUGAGCACCUGUAAUGAGCUGAUAGGAAAGCACGGUGCCGCCCUCCAGCGCUCCCUCAGUGAACUCGAGGAUCUGCGCGCUUCCACUGACAGCACAGACAAAGUGAAAGCUGUUAAUGAGCGAGCCACCCUCUUCCGCAUCACCUCCAAUGCUAUGAUCAAUGCUUGUCGUGACUUUCUGGAUGUGGCAGAAUCUCACAGUCGGAGGUGGCAAAAGGCCCUGCAGCAUGAGAGAGAGCAGCGUCACCACCUGGAGGAGACCAUCGAACAGUUAGCCAAACAGCACAACAGCUUAGAGAGAGCCUGGAGGGAGAAUCCCACCUCAUAUACAGGUGUGGAGCGUUCUCAGGAGGGGGAUGCGAGCGAUGAGAAUGACGAGGCAGAGUUCUUCGACGCCAUGGAGGAGUCCCCUGCGUUCAUAACUGUGACUACUGGAGACAUACAACACAAGCGCUCAGGGAGUAAUCAGAGUAUGAUGAGUGGAGGAGUGCCCAAUGACUGGACUCACAAUGAGAAUGACACCUCAAGCACAAACCACAUGCAGCUACGAAGAACAAGGCGCAGUCGUAUCCCCGACAAACCCAAUUACUCUCUAAACCUGUGGAGCAUCAUGAAAAACUGCAUCGGCAAAGACCUGUCCAAGAUACCCAUGCCUGUAAACUUCAAUGAGCCGUUGUCGAUGCUGCAGCGUCUGACUGAGGAUCUGGAGUACAGCGAGCUUCUGGACCGGGCAGCUCGCUGCGACUCGUCACUGGAGCAGAUGUGCCUGGUGGCUGCCUUUUCUGUCUCCUCCUACUCCACCACGGUCCAUCGUACAGCCAAACCCUUCAACCCUCUGCUGGGGGAGACUUACGAGCUGGACCGACUGGAGGAGUAUGGUUACCGCUCGAUUUGUGAGCAGGUCAGUCAUCAUCCACCAGCUGCUGCCCACCACGUCACGUCACAGCGAGGAUGGACCCUGUGGCAGCAUAUUACUAUCGAUAGCAAGUUUCGUGGGAAAUAUAUUUCCGUCGUGCCCUUAGGAAACAUUCACCUGCAGUUUCACUCGAGCGGGAACCACUAUGUGUGGAGCAAAGUGACGUCAACUGUGCACAACAUUAUUGUUGGGAAGCUCUGGAUUGAUCAGUCAGGGGACAUUGACAUCGUAAACACCACUACCAAAGACACCUGCCGUCUCAAAUUCUCCCCCUACAGUUACUUCUCCAGAGAAGUCCCACGUAAAGUGACAGGAGUGGUGGAGGACAGAGAGGGCACAGCCCAUUACAUCCUGUCAGGGACCUGGGACGACAAGAUGGAAAGUGCUAAGAUAGUGGACAGCAGCCAAGGCAGUGGAGGCUCUGAAGGCAAACAAAAGACAGUUUAUCAAACUCUGCAACCCAAACUUUUGUGGAAGAAGUAUCCUCUCCCAGAUAAUGCAGAGAACAUGCACUUUUUCUCCUCGCUGGCUCUGACCCUGAAUGAGCCUGAAGAGGGUGUCUCUCCCACCGACAGUCGUCUGCGUCCGGACCAGCGGCUGAUGGAGGCGGGUCUGUGGGAUGAAGCCAACGGCCAGAAGCAGCGUUUAGAGGAACGUCAGAGACUGGAGAGGAAGAGAAGGGAGGCACAAGCUAAUCAGGCCCUGGAGGAGGGGCAAGACAUUGAGGGCUACAAUCCACUGUGGUUUGAGAAGAGGACAGAUGACAGAACAGGAGAAAGCACCUACACCUACAGAGGCGGCUACUGGGAGGCCAAAGACAGACAAGACUGGAGCCAGUGUCCUGAGAUCUUCUAGGACAAAGGUGGUCUCACACUUGGGCGUCAGACAGGCUGCACGGUUUCCUGUGACGUAAAAAUUCCUCAGAUUUAUGGACAGUUGUUCGUGUGAGUUUGAGUGUGUUGGGUGAGUGAGGCACCUAUUCAUUCCUAGAAUUUAAAAGCACAAAACCCCCUGCUUUCACUUUGUAAAUUACUUGUUUCUGCUCUGUGUUUCCAGAAUGCAUGGCCUCAGUUUCUGUGUAAGCUUCACCACUAUAGAGAACUAAUUUAUGGAAGUAUAUUGUGGAGAGUAUGUAUAGAGUUCUUGUGUGCCUGCGUGUGUGUGUAUGUGUGUGUGUGACUGACCUGUGCUUUACAGGGAACAGAUUUCUUUACGGAAACACUCUUCGCUGAGUGUGUACGGAAUGACUUGGGGGCAAAGGAGUGCUGUGGAUGUUUUGGUGCGAGCACUGAAUGUCUUGUUUUCCUCCAAACCGGAACAAGUUGUUCCUUGUUGAGCUCUGGCAGAGACACCGGGCUUUUAAAAGCUUUCUUCUUCUGUGCUAACAGGCUUUCUCUGCAGAACUUCAUUUAUUGAUCCCCCCUCCCCAUGAAUCUUGGGUAUUUUGUAUUACUCUGUUUCUUACAAUUGCACAGACUGUAUCUUGAAGGAUUUAAAGUGAACGCCUGCCUGGGCUCUAAAGAACAACCACUAAACCAUGAAUACCAAAGUAGAUGUCAAUCUCUUUGGAUGGAUGGAGCUGACUGGGAAUGCCAGGCUGUUUCACAGGUAACCGCUGCUUCUCCAGUGAUCUUGAAGUUAUGUUUCAUAUUCUAUUAAAGCUGCACUCCCCCUAGUUUUACAUGUUUAAGUUAGUAGAAACAGAAAGCACUACACACCCCAUGGAAGCACUUAUAUAUGUCUCCACUGGCCUGGAACUUUAUUGAGUUACUAAAAGAACAUCACUUGAAUGAGUUAAAGGUUUGCCAGGCUCAGUCUAGGACCUAGCAUGUUUGGCUUGGCACAUACCAGGGUCUAAAAUUCAGGAUAUUGCUGCUUCUGCUGCAUGUGUUUUAACAAUUCUUUUUUUAAAAUUUGUCUCUGGCAAAUCUGCCCUCUAACAACGGACGUCUUUUAUGAAGCUGCCAGACUUUGUAAAAGUGCAGUAGUCCUUGAAGUACUUGAAGGUGUAAGUCUUCAAACAUCUUGACACUCAACCAUGAGAGUUCCACUAAAGCAUAAAUCUGCUCAGCCUGGGCUUUUCCUCAGCAAGGGAUUAUAUCGGUGCUUGAUGGUAAUUUUAGCCUUAAUUAUGUAAUGGAGUUGUAAGUCCCUAGUAACUACUACACUGAAAUGAAAAGAUUUUAUACAGAUUAUAUCAAUCUGGCAGGCUAUUUUUUUCUCUUGAGGAGACUUUCAUGUAUACUUGGGGGUGAUUUUUUUGUAAUAUCAAGGUUUAUCCACUUGGUAAGUAGCAACAAACACGUCCCCCCAUGUUUAACACUGUUAGCAAUGCAGAGCUCUAUUAGGGAUUUCUAUCUUUAAAACCUGUGUUGCUUUAUUUGCAUAUGUCAGCAAUAACACAAGCUAUGGUCCAUAGUCAGAGAGGUGCUUUAUGCAGCCCAAAUAUGAUCUUAAAGUAACAGUAUUCCAUUAGAUGAAUGAUAGCUGUGUGAAAAAUUGGAUUUAUAUAUAUCAGUGAAGGGCCAGAAAACAGUUAAGGGAAGGCUUAACAAUACAUUUUGUGUGCAAACCGGCACUGAUGUACAUUAGUAGUAAAUACAUACACUCUAUAACCAGUAAUUACCUGUUUAUUUAUAGCUUACUGUGUAUUAAAACAGGGCAUGAUGCACAUGUUUGACUACCAAUUGGUUUUGGCCUGUAUAUAGCAAGAGUAUAGUAGAAAUAGAACCACCUCAUUUAUAAUCACUAUAAGGAAAUAUUGUUUCACAUUACUUGAAUAUUCAUCUUCUGGUCACUACUUAAUAAUCUCUAUUUGUGUAUACAUAAUCUGAAAUGGAGUGAAGAUUGUAUACCAGUCAAUGAGACGCUGGGGAGAGGAAAUUAUGAAUCUAAGUUUAUAAGAAACUAUACAUAAUAUUUGUGAUGCAAAUAAGAUGUUGUUCAAAAAAGCACAAUAUUGUGUUCAAGUAAUGAUACAUGCUACAUAACUCAAAGGUUUCCAUGACGACAUAUAGCUAUGCAUGGUUUUAGAGUGCUCAUGCACUUCUGUAGUGAGAAGCCUCUUCACCUAGCUAACUGUUUGUGGAUUCUUACUGAAACAUGAUGUGAAUUCACCUUUUGUGCCCAAUUACCUCAGAAAUUUUGAAUUUUUGAGCUCGAAUAAAAACAUAAAGCUGC